AUGAGCCGACAUGGAUUUCUCCCAACCCCAAAUCCACCAUCCUGGACGAUUCGAGGAGCUCCCCCCAACCUACCGCCCACCAACGCACGCCCCCACGGUCUUGAAGCCCUCAUCGCUGUCUCGCCGUGGACACUGGCGCAAGGCCUAGAGGAAGAAGAGGGAGACAGCAGGGCCCGGGGUAGCACACCACUGCCGGCGGGAGGGAACAACCUCCACCGGACGACCACCACCUGCGGUCUUCACGGCAGCCGACCGGACGAAGCAGCAAGGACAAACCAGGCCCCUCCUGGCCCGGCCGAGCCCAACCAGGCCCGUGAAGUCCUCGCCGCCAAGUUGCAGCAGGCCGGCCAUGGCGUCGCCACCACCCUGCCACCGCCGCCGCGCCUCUUCCGCCACCAGGGAAGCGCCAGGUCGGACCAGGGGCCUACGGCCCGCCAAGCCCAGAUCGGGCCCGAAAGGGGGCCCAGAUCUUGGCCGAACGGAGGCCGCCGCCACCACCCCUCCCGACCGCCGCUCCGCCGCCAACGACGGCGCCGCUGCGCCUCCUUCCACCCGACACGCGGAUUCCACGCCGCCGCAUCGGACCGCCGAAGGCCGAGGAGCACCGCCACGGGUCGCCCUGCGCCGCGCCAGGGCUCCGCGCUCGCGGGGAAGGUCCGCCCGCCGCCGCCGGCACCCGCACUGAGCAACGCCCGGCGGCCCGCGCCGGCGGCGGCGCAGAGAGGGAGGGGGAAGAGAGGGCCUGGGAGGCGCGGCGGCUAG